AUGCGAACUGUCACCGAAGUCCAAGGAUCCUUUCUGGAGCGGGGCAUCACGAAGGUGGAGUACCUCCGUAGCCUCCACGAGCCACCUCGCACUGGCUGCCUGGCGCGCUGUGUCGACUCCUCGUCUUUCCAGUUCGUCUGCACCGUGGUGAUUUUGGCCAACUGCCUCACCUUGUUCUUCUCAGCGAAUUGGGCGAUGGAGCACAAGAGCUUUGAGAUUCCCUUGGAGCUGCGAUUUCUGGACUUGUCCUUUACGAGCUUUUAUGUCGUCGAGCUGUUUUUGAAGCUUGCAGUGCAUAGGCAGUACUUCUUUUGGACGGCCGAUUGGCGAUGGAAUGUCUUUGACUUUGUCCUGGUGGUUCUUGCGGUGCAGGAGCAGGUCUUGGAAUACAUGGCUGCGUCUUCUGUGACCCGCCUUUCCUACAUGCGUUCGUUGCGCUUGGUGCGGGUCUCACGCAUCCUCCGACUGCUCCGCGCCAUCCGCGUGAUCCGCGAGCUGCGGAUGAUGGUCUUCUCCAUCAUGAGCUCAUUGAAUGCGCUCUUUUGGUGCUUGGUGCUGGUCUCCUUAGUCAUUUGCGUUUUUGCACUCUUUUUCCUGCAGAUUGAAGAUGAGGCAAAGUUCUUAGAAUUCUUUGGGUCCUUAGCGCUCACCAUGCAGACCUUGUACAUGGCAACCACUGGUGGAUUUGAUUGGAAAGAGGCCUUAGAUUUAGUCGCCAAGAUUGGCGAGGGCGGCAUUUUGGCCUUCCUCUUUUACAUUGCAUUUUUUAACUUUGCGGUCUUCAACGUCUUGACGGGAAUGUUCGUGGACCACGCCAUGAAGUGGUCCCAAAGUGACAAUCAGAAUCAGAUUGCUGAGCGACGAAGCCAAGAGCAGCACGAUGCCCACCGCUUGAAGAGACUUUGUGAAGCCAUUGAUGUUGCCAAGACCGGGAGGAUUUCAUGGGACGACUUUGAAAGCUACGUCUCCAAUGAAUCAGCGCUCAUUUACUUGGCUGCCUUGGCUGAACGGUGCUGCCCGGCUUCGCUUGGUUUGGAGAUUCAUGAUGCCAAGACCUUCUUUGACAUGCUCCUGGGUGUGGCUGAUGACAAAUAUGUGGAUAUCGAUACCUUUGUCAAGGGAUGUAUGCGGAUGAAGGGUCCAGCUACGAGCAUCGACAUGCUCUCCAUGGGCUACGAAGUCACUUUGAUCCAUCGACAAAACCGGCGCCUCUCGGAAUGCAUCCGACCGCCCAGAACGUCGUUCGGCCGGGUGUUUCAAGGUUUUGGUCGACUCUGGGGCGGGGUGGAGGAGCGCGUGCGAGAGAGAGAGAGAGAGAGACUGCUCGUUUGGCUGAUGAUGUUGAGAACGUGCCGCAGGUUUGGAGGAGACGAUUAA